UUUAAUUAAAAUUGCAAUUAAAGCUAACAUGAUUUUUUUUUCUCUUUUUACUACAAAGAAAGAUCCGACAAGUGACAGGAAACCUUGUACCUCUGGAUCCGUAAAAUGCUUACUUCAGCACCUUAUCUGCUACCCAACCUAAACAUACAAGAUAAUGAAAGGAACUUUCAUGAAAAAUAUGAACUUAGUUUAAAAACAAUGAUUCCUGUGCGCAUUGGAGCAAAAUCUGCCAUUAAUCCAGUAGAUAAUGCAGGGCUGUUCUCAUUUGCUACAUUUUCUUGGCUUUCAUCUUUAAUGAUCAAAGGAUACAGGAAUAAUGUAAAUGUGGACACCUUACCUCCAUUAUCAUAUCAUGAUAGUUCAGAUCCAAAUGCAAAAAGAUUUCGAUGCCUUUGGGAAGCAGAGCUUGCAAGAGUUGGGCCUGAGAAGGCUUCUUUGGACAGAGUAGUUCUCAAAUUUCAGAAAACACGACUUCUAGUAGAUGCAAUAGUAAAUUUUAUUUGUAUUGUUUUCGCUUCUUUAGGACCGACUGUGAUCAUUCAUAAGAUCCUACAGCACAGCGAAAGCAAGUCCAAAGAUAUUGUUACAGGAAUUGGACUUUGCAUAGCACUUUUUCUUGCUGAAUUUUUCAAAGUAAUACUUUGGGCAUUGGCAUGGGCCAUCAACUACCGUACAGCUAUACGAUUAAAAGUUGCUCUGUCUACAGUUGCAUUUGAAUAUCUAUUGGCAUUUAAAUCUUUGGCACAUAUCUCUUUUGGUGAGGUUAUCAAUAUAUUAUCUACUGAUGGCCAUCGUAUAUUUGAAGCUGCUGUUUUUUGUCCUCUGCCAAUUACAGUGCCUAUACUAAUAACUGUUUGCACUGUAUACUGUUGUCUUAUUCUUGGUCCAACUGCACUGAUUGGAACAUUUGUUUAUAUUAUAUUUAUACCUCUGCAGAUGCUCACAGCUAUGCUCACAGCCAUGUUCAGACGAGCUGCUGUUUCAGUAACUGAUAAGCGUUUGAGAACAACAAAUGAAAUUUUAACUUGCAUUAAAAUGAUUAAAAUGUAUGCUUGGGAAACAUCUUUUGCAAUGAGCAUUAAAGGUAUCAGAAAAAUGGAAAGGAAAAUAUUGGAAAAAGGAGGAUAUGUACAGAGUGUAAACCUUGCUCUGACACCUAUUGUAUCUACUGUGGCUGUUGUCAUGACAUUUAUUUUACACACCCUUUUAAAGCAGGAACUAACUGCAUCAGUUGCUUUUAGUGUAAUUGCUAUAUUUAAUGUAAUGAAGUUUUCAAUUGCAAUCUUGCCAUACUCAGUGAAAGCAGCAGCAGAAGCUAAAGUUUCCCUGAAAAGACUGAAAAAAAUUCUUAAAGCUGAAAUCCCUCCUAUUUAUGUAAAGCAACUGGAAGAUUCAGAAAAUGCUGUAGUAAUGGAUAAUGCUACACUAUAUUGGGAACAUCAGAAUGGACAAAGGAAAAAUGAAAAGAAUAAAAAGACUAUGAACAGAAAGAAUGCUUAUAAAUGCCAACCGGAAACAGAGCCUGAAUUUUCUCACACGGUGACAUCCCAGACAAUGGAGGAAGGAAAAGUGGAUAGCAAAGUUUGUGUUUUGCGUAACAUAAGCUUUACAGUGAAAAAGGGAAAAGUUUUGGGUAUUUGUGGAAAUAUUGGAAGUGGAAAGAGCUCAAUAUUAUCAGCCAUUCUAGGACAGUUGCACUUGAAUGAUGGGACAGUAGGUGUUGAUGGAACAUUAGCUUAUGUGUCACAGCAAGCAUGGAUAUUUCACGGAAGCGUUAGACAAAAUAUAUUAUUUGGAACAGAAUAUAAUGAACAGAGGUACAAUUAUGUAAUCAAUGCGUGCAGUCUGAAAGCAGAUAUGGAACUUCUUCCUGCUGGUGAUAUGACUGAAGUAGGCGAAAGAGGUCUCAACCUCUCUGGAGGCCAGAAGCAAAGAAUCAGCUUAGCUCGUGCUGUUUACUCUAAUAGAGACAUUUACUUGUUGGAUGAUCCCUUGUCAGCAGUUGAUGCACAUGUUGGAAAAUAUAUUUUUGAGAAAUGCAUAAGAGAAGCCCUUAAAAAAAAAACAAUAGUACUUGUAACUCACCAACUGCAGUAUUUGGAAUUCUGUGAUGAAGUCAUUUUAUUAGAAGAUGGAGAAAUAUGUGAAACUGGAACUCACAAAAAAUUAAUGGAAGAACAGGGACGCUAUGCCCAGCUAAUUGAAAACCUCCAUAAGGAACAGGCAAAGAAGCCAACAUUGAUUGAAUCAGUAAUAGAACCUAGGAUGAAAACCCAAGACGAGAGCGAUACCUCUAGAAGUUCUUAUGAAGGAGCUGUAAAUCCUGUUUCCAACAUGCCUAAAGAAGGAAUCAUCAAUAAGGAACCUGAAAGAGAUGCACAAGGAAGAAGCACAACAGGUCCUAUAAACCAGCUUGUUCAAAAAGAGGAAAAACUGGAAGGUUCAGUGACAUGGAAAACUUAUCAUGCUUAUAUUAAAGCAUCUGGAGGUUUCAUACUGUCUUCCUUUGUUAUACUUCUCUUUAUGCUGAUGAUUGGCACCUCAGCUUUUGUUAACUGGUGGUUGAGUUUCUGGCUGGAACAGGGCUCAGGUAAAAUUUGCACCAUCUUGGGUAAUGACACAAAAUACACCUGUGACAUGGAAAACAUCUUGGAUAACCCCCAACUACACUUUUACCAAUUCGUCUAUGGAAUCAGCCUGGUGGCCAUGAUUGUCCUAAGUAUCAUCAGAGGGCUUGUUUUUACAAAGACAACAUUAAAGGCUUCUUCAACACUGCAUGAUAAUGUAUUCUAUAAGAUCUUACAUAGUCCAAUGAGUUUCUUUGAUACAACUCCCACUGGUAGGCUAAUGAACCGUUUUUCUAAGGAUAUGGAUGAACUGGAUAUGAGACUUCCAUUUCACGCUGAGACAUUUUUGCAGCAGUUUUUUAUGGUGUUCUUUAUUGUAGCCGUAAUAGGCCUUGUGUUCCCUUUUCUUCUAAUUGCAGUCAUCAUCAUAGCUGCUUUUUUUGUACUACUUUUUCAAAUAUUCAAGAGAGCUAUUCGAGAGCUAAAGAGAAUAGAAAAUAUUAGCAGAUCACCGCUGUACUCUCAUAUUUCUUCUUCUGUGCAAGGACUCAGUGUAAUUCAUGCCUAUGAUAAAAAAGAAGACUAUAUCAAACAAUUUAAAAUGCUAAAUGAUGAAAACUCCAACCAUUUUCUCCUAUUUAACUGUGCACUACGAUGGUUUGCACUUAGAACAGAUAUCCUUGCAGCUGUUAUAACUUUGAUUGUAGCAUUAUUUGUUGCUUUGAGCCCUUCUUCAAUUAGUACUGCAGCAAAAGGCUUGGCUUUGUCCUAUAUAAUCCAGUUGAGUGGACUUCUCCAAGUAUGUGUAAGAUCAGGAAUUGAGACAGAAACCACAUUUACCUCUGUUGAACAAAUAAUGGAAUAUGUCUUGACAUGUGUUCCUGAGGCUCCACAGCGUUCAAAUAUUUUGAAGUCUCCCAAAGGCUGGCCAAAUCAAGGGGAAAUUGUAUUUAGAGAUUACCAAAUGAAAUACAGAGAAAACAGUCCUAUAGUUCUCCAUGGUUUAAAUAUGAGAAUUCAUGGUCAAGAAACAAUUGGUAUUGUUGGCAGAACUGGCUCUGGAAAAUCAUCUCUAGGAGUGGCACUGUUUCGCCUAGCAGAACCAACUGCUGGUACCAUCCUAAUUGACAAUGUUGAUAUCUGUACAAUUAGUCUGGAAGAUCUAAGAACAAAGCUUUCUGUUAUUCCCCAAGAUCCUGUUCUGUUUGUAGGUACAGUAAGGUUCAACAUUGAUCCUUUCAGUACUUACACAGAUGAUCAGAUCUGGCAAGCUCUUGAAAAAACAUUUAUGAAGGACAGAAUAUUGAAACUCCCAGGAAAAUUACAGGCAGAAGUUGCUGAAAAUGGAGAAAAUUUCUCCAUAGGAGAACGACAGCUGCUUUGUAUGGCAAGAGCACUACUUCGAAAUUCAAAAAUCAUACUGCUUGAUGAAGCCACAGCUUCAAUUGAUCCUGAAACAGAUAGACUAAUUCAGUGCACAAUCAGAGAUGCAUUCAAGGACUGUACAGUCUUAACCAUUGCACAUCGCAUCAACACUGUUCUGGAGUGUGACCGCAUCCUGGUUAUGAGCAAUGGAAAGGUACAAGAAUCAGACAUGAAAAAGACCUAG